UGGGGCUCUGUAGGAUGGGCAUGGCGUGCAGCUGCUGAGCAUUUGAGCAAGUAAUGGAAAUACGUGCAACAGAAGGAACUGGCCCGGGCACUGGAGGGGAAAACAGUUUUGCCAAUGAAGAAAUUAUUAAAUUAACCUAUCGUUAAGAUUUUAAUACCGAGAUGUUGCGUCUCACGCGGAAACGUUGGACUAUUUGCACUAUAAGCAUCCUUCUGAUUUUCUACAAGACAAAAGAAAUAUCUAGAAGUGAAGAACACCAGGAAGCUCGACUCAAUGGGGAGAAUGAAUUUAGCACUUUCAGACUGAUGGUUAACGGCUCAGAGAAAGGCUUCAACAGGAGAGUGCCUUCCUUUCCCCAGCACUCCAUUGAAGGAUGGCGAGUCAAUUCAUCGCUAGUCGUCAUGAUAAGGAAGGAGAUUCUUCGUUUCCUGGAUGCAGAGAGGGAUGUUUCUGUAGUGAAGAGCAGUUUCAAACCUGGGGACACCAUACAUUAUGUCCUUGACAGACGUCGGACGCUGAACGUCUCACACACACUGCACAGUUUGCUACCCGAAGUCUCACCGCUCAAAAACAAGCGAUUUAAUACUUGUGCCGUGGUGGGCAACUCUGGUGUUCUUCUCAACAGCAGCUGCGGGAAGGAAAUUGACAGCCAUGAUUUUGUCAUACGAUGCAACCUUGCGCCGUUGACUGAGUAUGCUGACGACGUGGGCGUGAGGUCUGAUUUCACCACUAUGAAUCCAUCGGUCAUCCAGCGGGCCUAUGGUGGCCUGAAGAAUGUCAGUGACGCUGAACGCUUCGUCCAGCGCCUGCGGAUGCUUAACAACAGUGUUCUCUGGAUUCCCGCCUUCAUGGUGAAGGGCGGUGAGAAGCAUGUGGAGUGCGUCAAUGAGCUUAUCAUCAAGCGCAAGCUGAGGGUGAAGACGGCUUACCCGUCCCUCAGACUGGUACAUGCAGUCCGAGGGUACUGGUUGACUAAUAAGAUCAAUAUAAAACGACCCAGUACUGGACUGUUGAUGUACACUUUGGCCACUCGCUUCUGCAAUGAGAUUCACCUAUACGGAUUUUGGCCUUUUCCAAGGGACGGAAAUGGAAAUCUGGUGAAGUACCACUACUACGAUAUGCUGAAAUAUCGAUACUUCUCCAAUGCAGGUCCUCACAGGAUGCCUCUUGAGUUCAAAACUCUGAAAAUGCUACACAGCAAAGGCGCCCUGAAGUUAACAACUUCUAAGUGCACACCUUAAAGUGCUCACAUGACUUCAUGUUAAAAAGAGCUGUGUGACAUUCACCAAGUAAGGAAAUGCAGUGUUUUAAGAAUGGGGUGUUUUUUUUUUUUUUUACAAUUAUAAGUACUAAAAGUGAGUGUGCCUUUUUAAUGAACAAUGAUAAGGUACUUAACAGAAUGUAAUUGGGUUUGUUCAGAAUGUGUGAAUGUCUGGUUUGGCAUUAUAAGCUUUAAAUCAGGAAACCAACCACUUAAAUUAGGUUAUUAAAUUGAUCACACGUUACUUCAUGGGUCAUUUCAGUAGUUGUCUAAGAGACAGCAUAUGACUAGGUUUGUUCAGUUAUUACCUUUUGGAUUUGGGGAGAAAAAAACGUGUCCACAAAUUUGAUUCCAAAGAUGGAUUGCGUUGUUCUUCUUGAACUGGAAACAUAUGAUUUAGAAGCAUCAGGGCAAUUUCUUUUUUUAUAUUUGUCUAAAUGUCAGCUUAAAUUUUAUACAUGGAUACAGUUUGUAAAUCAUGACUCUUUCACAUGUGUAAUUGCCUGGACACACCUCUUCUAAAAACUCCAAUGUUUAACUUAACUGAAUGUAUAUUUGCCCAAACCUUUGGGAUGAAUUGUCAUAUGUAGCAAUUGCAAAUCAAAAAGUAAAACCUUAUUAGGAAAAUACAUAUCUGAAACAUACCGUAUUUCUUCGAUUUUAACGCUGCAGCGUUUAUAACACAAUGUUUAUUUUUGGUGCGGCGUUUAUUCGAGGGCGGCGUUUAAUUAGUUAGAGAGAUUUAGUGAAUUGUAGCUGCAGUGACGCCAUAGACAAAUAAUAGAUAAGGAGGGCAAAGUCUAGUGUAAAAUUGAAGCCGUGCGUGUCUACACUGUGUAGAAAUCUGAAGCAGCAUGCCGAAACGUUCUUACACUUUAACUUUCAAACAUAAAACUGUGCAGAAAGCACUCACCAGCAGCAACAGAUCUGUAGCACGCAAACUUGGGGUUGAUGAAGGCGAAUUUGUGAGUGGCGAAUUACAUUUUAGAUUGUACACUUGUGAUUUAGGCUACUUGUGUAAUAAAUACUGUGUUUUAAUUUAACCAAUAAAAUAACCGUUUUCUGAUUUUUUUGCUGCAGCGAUUAGCCUAAUCGAGGGCAGCGUUUAUUACACAAUGUUCAUUUUUGAAGAGCUGAGUAUGCUCUUCAAUUGUUAUUGCCUGCCAAGUUUUAACAGAUUUAGGAAUAUAAUUAAUUUUACAAAUCUGGUUGCUAGCAGCUGAGAUUGAUUGUGUCCGGGCCCUACAAUUCAUUACGAAGGCAGUGCACUUCUAAGUAAUGGCAAGAAUUUAUGAAAAUAAAGUUAGUUUAACAAUCUGUAAAUUUUAUCUAAUUGGAUAUAUGUCUAGAUUUUUUAAAAAUUGUUAUAUAGGCCAUAGAAUGUGAAAAUGUAAAUACAUGGUAUUGAAUAUGAAAUCCAAUAUGAAUGUUGAUUAAUCACUGUAGGCUAUUACAACAAUGUGACAGAGUUGAAUACAUUCUCUCAUUGAACAGCGGCUCGUGUCUCUCACUUUUUAAUUUAUUGAAUCACCAAAUUACGCAGAUGGACAUAAAUGCCUUAUUUAUUUUUCCUGUAUGAAAUAAGGAGAGUUUCUGGUUUGUUUCCAUAUUCUUCCAUUGUUUUGAACUGUUCAUACGUUUGUAUUUUAUACACUGGCGAUGUUUUAAAUGUAAUCUCUGUCCUUUUGAGUCAGUCGUUUCAGAUGUUGAAUGUGGUGUUUUCAUAAAACAUUUUAUACGAAUUACUUUGCAAACUUUACAGCUUUAAUUGUUUUCACUUUUUUUUGUACAAUGUAAGAUUUGUUUUUGUGAGUUUGUUUUAGAAAAACAUAAUAAAGUUUUUAUAUUGUAAACAUU